AGCGGUUGAGGCUGUGCCAUUGCACGCCGUUGACACUUUUUUUCUUUCUAUGAAAGCAGAUUUUCACAUCUAGCUAUAUAAAGACGUGUAAACCGUAGUCCUAGAAUGAAGACACCACUUGCGAUUGAAACACAUUUCUACUCUCAUUCCUCUCCCAUCUUUCCAUUGCUAUACAUUCCAUCAUGGCACCGUUUCUCCCCCUUUGGGUCGCAGCACUUCAAGUUCUCACGUUAUCAUCUACAGUCUCUGCGACUCGCCUCCCCAUUGUCGGACCUGUCCACUUCGACGUGAUAACCACCUCCGUCCCCUUGACGGAUGCAAACCGCCUCGACCCCUUCGCAAAGGAUGGCCGCUCCAGAUCCAUCAUGGCGUCUGGGUACUAUCCCGUAUCAGCCUGUCGCCGCAAGCACCAGGAGCCCUACAUGCCUACCAAACUGGCCUCUUUGCAGGACAAGAAGUUCGGGGCCUACGGACUGCCAAACGGCACCUUCGGCUCCUUGACCCUCGAGACGUGUGACAAGAUUGCAAAGUCGAACAGUUGCUUUUCCAAGCCUUUGCCUCUUGUCUUGUUCUCCGGUGCGCUUGGUACAUCGCGGCUGCUGUAUAACAGCAUGCUGCAAAGCGUGGCCGCGGCGGGAUACCUAGUCAUAUCCGUAGACCACCCAUACGACGCUGAUUUCGUCGAGUUCCCAGAUGGUACCGUCAUCACGGGUGUGGAUAUCAGCGACGAAGAGCUGGAGUCUGCGCUCACCACGCGCGUCGAAGAUAUUGCUUUUCUGUACCAGCAACUGGGGGGAAACUCUUCACUUACCGAUCACUUCUUCCCCGGCUACCCUCACCGCCAUCGCUUUGCCCACACCGCCAUCGUCGGACACUCUUUCGGUGGAGCCGCGGCUGCUGCUGCAAUGCUCCAAAUUCCCUCCCUCCGUGGUGGCAUGAAUCUCGACGGCACAAUGUUUGGCCCCGUCAUCACAGCCGGCCUUGACCGCCCCUUCGUCUUGCUAGGACACGACAACAAGACACAAGAAACAGACCCGUCCUGGAAAGCCACAUGGCCUCGGCUGACGGGAUGGAAAAAGGAGUACGAAGUCAGAGGCUCUGAACAUUACGGUUUCUCCGAUCUGCCGCUUAUCACGUCCGUCUUGGGCUUUCAGAAACAACUGCCGAACCAGGUUUUGGGGUCUGUAGAAGGUCGUAGGAUGAUGAAACUCACCGUCACCUAUGUUACGGCGUUUCUAGACUUUUUGUUCAAGUCAGGCUCGGAGACGAAGUUGGAACAUGCAAGCAAGGACUUUCCGGAAGUCGUCCAGGUGGCAUGA